AUUUGCCAAAAAUGCCGCUCUUGAAUCUUUCUUUCCCUCCUCGCCGCUCUCUCUCUCUCCGUCCUUCCGUUCCUCCUCCUCCUCCUCCUUCGUACAAUCAGCCGUCCAGCACUUUCUCUCUCUGUCGCAUUCAUUUUCUGUUCAAAAUUUGUUUUCCGUUUCCCUCCGCCUCUCCUGCCAUCCGUUUCGCUCGCAACCACCACCUGAUAUCUCUCCUCCCUCAGAUCUUUCUCGCUCCCUCGAUUCUUUCUUCCACUCUCUCAGCAUCACCUAGUUCAUCCCACUCAUUUCUUCGCCCCAAUUCCCAUGGCCGAGCACUAAUUUCACUUCUUCCGCAGCGUGUUACUGUGUAUACUUCGACUGCUUGUUUGUUUCUUUCAGAGGGAGAGACGCAGAAAGAGCUGAAUUCGCGUUAAUUUUGACCAUCCGGAUUGAAAGUUAUGCCUAGUAUUCGAGCUCCGGCUGCGAAGAAAGCUACUACGCUCACUGUUGCUGUCAAGUGCAGGCCGUUAGCUGAGAAAGAGCGCGGCCGUAACAUCGUCCGUUUCAGUGACAGUCAUGCGGUUCGUGUCUUAGAUCCCGACUUGUCCAAGGACUAUCUGGAUCGAGUGCAGCAUCGGACCAAAGAGAAGAGCUAUUGCUUCGAUCACGCCUUCGGUCCUGACUCGGCCAACUCGGAGGUUUAUAAAACCUGUAUAUCGUCGGUGAUCUCUGGGGUUGUUCAAGGUCUGAAUGCUACCGUGUUUGCCUAUGGUUCAACCGGAAGCGGGAAGACUUAUACGAUGGUGGGGAAGUCGGAUGACCCUGGACUUAUGGUUCUCAGCCUGCAUACUAUUUUUGAUCUCAUUAAAAGUGAUAAGGACACUGAUGAAUUUGAUGUUACAUGCUCCUAUUUGGAAGUCUACAAUGAAGUAGGGAAUCUCUUUACUUAAAUAAAGCUCAUCAAAGUGUUUUAGUUCCUUUGUGAAUCUGCUUGACUCCUCCAGAAUGUAUGCAGGUUAUCUAUGAUCUACUUGAGAAAUCAUCAGGUCACCUUGAACUUCGUGAAGACCCAGAACAAGGAAUUGUUGUUGCUGGGCUGAAAUGCAUCAAGGUUCAUUCAGCUGAUAAGAUUCUUGAACUAUUGAACUUGGGAAAUAGUAGAAGAAAAACAGAAAGCACGGAGGCCAAUGCUACAUCCUCAAGGUCACAUGCCGUCCUAGAGAUUACUGUGAAAAGACGGCAAAGAAACAAGUAUCGAGAUCAAAUCAUGAAAGGAAAACUUGCACUUGUAGAUCUUGCUGGUAGUGAGCGCGCUUCUGAAACAAAUAAUGUGGGCCAAAAGCUAAGAGAUGGGGCUAAUAUUAACCGUUCCCUCCUAGCUUUGGCAAACUGCAUUAAUGCUCUGGGAAAACAACAGAAGAAGGGUCUUGCUUAUGUCCCUUAUCGUAACAGCAAACUGACCCGGAUUCUUAAAGAUGGCCUGAGUGGUAAUUCACGGACCGUCAUGGUUGCUACAAUAUCUCCAGCUGAAAGUCAGUAUCAUCAUACCAUCAACACUUUGAAAUAUGCUGAUCGUGCAAAGGAAAUAAAGACACAUAUUCAGAAAAAUGUUGGCACAGUGGAUACCCAUGUGUCGGAUUAUCAGAGAAUGAUUGAUAGUCUUCAGAUUGAAGUUUGCCGCUUGAGAAAGGAAUUGGCCGAAAAGGAAUCACAACUGACAUCCAAACCAAGAGAAAGAGUUGAAGAUGACGAGUUAUCUUGGUUAGAUAGCUUGAGCCGUGAAACAAGUGAAAAUGUUCAGGAGCGGAUAAACUUACAGAAGGCUUUGUUUGAGCUUGAAGAAACUAACCUUCGUAACCGCAUUGAACUCCAGGAGCUUGACAAGGCAGUUGCAAAGCAGCAGACUGUUGAAAAAGAAGGGAGAGUGGUGGAGGCAUUGAGGUCUAGGCGACAAAUAAUUCUUGAUAAUAUCCGUGACAAUGAUGAGGCUGGUGUCAACUACCAGAAGGAUGUUGAAGCUAACGAGAAACGUCGGUGCCAACUCCAAGAGAUGAUCGAAGAGGCCAUUAGCAAUCAUGGGAAUAAGACCUACUUGCGGAUACUUAACCAGUACAGACUUCUGGUGAGCCUUUCUAAACCCAAAAUCAUAUGUGCUGGUAAAGUGUGAGGUUCUGAUGGAUUGACUGCGACACUCAACACAUUCAAUGCAGGAAAUGGGUAAUACUGAGCUCCAGUUUGGAGUCGCGAUGAGAGAUCAAAUCAUCCACAACCAACGGGAAGCUCAAAGGAACCUGUGGAACUUGCUCAUGGGAUUGGGGCUAGAUGAAAAACGUGUGCUGGAACUCGCUGCCAAGCAGGGAAUAACCAUUGAAGACUGGGUCGCCACGUCCCAAAUUGAGUUUCCGGAAAAGAAGAAAGAGUUGCCUGCUAGUGCUGUUCCUCAUAGUGGUAGCAGCAGAUGUACUCCCUCGUUAACAAAUACUCCUGCUUGCUCUGGAGGACACGUACCAUUUAAACCACCUUGCAUCUUACAAAGUUAUCACCGAGACUUAUCUCCCCAAGCCCUGUGGAGCGAAGGUCGCAAUCAUGCUGCUUCUUACUACCUACAGUCGCCACCCCUUGCUUGUCUCAGGCUGACAACGACCAGACCACCAGAUUCCUCCUGGUUACGCAGUGGUGGUAAUCCCCAAGGUGGUUGGUGCAGCAGCGCUUCGUGUCCAGGGCUCGCAACUUGGAGCGAAAGCUGCUCAUCAGCGCCACCGGCCAGCGUGUACAUCAACCAGCAGCAGGAUCAGUGGAACAAUGGCACACCAGGCUGCAGACACCGAUACAUCGGGGGUGGUCCUCCUACUCACUUUGGAAUGGCUGGAAGUCCAUCUGAGUUGCAGCAGAGGGGCAAUGACUUGCCAUGUUGGAAUGACCCGAGAUUGAUUGGAGUGCCACAAUUCGGGCAGGCAGGUCUUCGAUAUGGGCACUCUAACAAUAAGUCUUACUUUCCCAGUUAAUGUGAACCCAUGGUCUCCUACUACGUUGGCUAAUGUUGUACAGUAGCAGUCAGUCACCUCGUUGUUUCCACUACCAACCUGUACAUAGAAGUCUGAAGCAGGGUAGAAGUUGUAUGAUAUAGGUGAAGCAGAACAGUGGCUGUUUUUGGGCUUAUUUUGGGUUUUCAGAAAGAAAAGUUUUCCUGAUUUUUAGUAGGGAAAGGUAAAGUGGGUCAAAGAGAUAUCUUGGUUACAGUUGGAAGAAGCAGAUGGGGUUCGGGAGACGGGCGUUGAGGGCAGGGUAGCGGACUUGUUGCAACAUUGGCGAUUUUUGCAUGGCUGCCAAAUCUUGAUGAUCAUAUGUACGUAGUUCUUUUCGUUCUCCAAAUUUUUUGUAGACAUUUCUUAAUCAAACGAGACUAGUUACGCUUUUGGAAGAUUCAAUAA